UUUGCUGAUCCUUCUCUGGCAGCAUGGCAAACGACAAAGUGGCACCUUUGGGCUCCAGCGAGAACCCGAUCAAAUUCAAUGAUCAGGACUUCCAGACUCUGAUGGAGGAGUGUCUGAAGUCCGGCGUGCUGUUUUCUGAUCCAACCUUCCCGGCUGAGCAGCAGUCCAUCGGUAUGCCCGAAGACCCGGAUCCCAAAAAGGCGAUUAAGUGGCAGCGACCCAAGGAAAUCAGUGAGAAUGCCGUGUUUGUGGAGGGCAUGACCGGGACCACAGAUAUCUGUCAGGGCCAACUGGGUAACUGUUGGCUGCUGGCAGCUCUGUCCUGUCUGACCAUGCACCCAAAGCUCUUUGUGAAGGUGGUGCCACCGGGGCAAAGCCUCUCCAAGCCAUAUGCAGGGAUCUUCCAUUUUACAUUCUGGCAGUAUGGUGAGUGGGUGGAGGUGGUUGUGGAUGACAGGCUGCCAGUACGCCAAGGCCGUCUGCUCUUCAGCUACUCUCACACCCGCAAUGAGUUUUGGAGCGCCCUGGUGGAGAAGGCCUAUGCCAAGUUAAUGGGAUCCUAUGGAAGCCUGAAGGGGGGUAACAUUUCUGAGGGGAUGGAGGAUUUUACAGGAGGCAUCGCAUACUCGAUAAAGGUUUCAUCUCGUACCCCUCGAGUCCUCUGGAGGUCUCUGACGAGGGCCCUGUUCAGAGGCAGCCUGCUCAGCUGUUUUAUCCAGGCCAGCAACUAUCUUGACAUAGGUAAAGUGACAGGAAACGGGCUGAUAAAGGGCCACGCUUACGCCAUCACUGACACUGACAAGGUGAAAAAAGCAACAGAUGAGAUUUUGUUGCUGAGGCUGAGGAACCCCUGGGGUUUUAUUGAAUAUCGGGGCCCCUGGAGCGACAAGGGUAAAGAGUGGGACGAUGUGGACAAAGCAGAGAAAGAACGGAUUGAGCUGAAAGAGACUGAAGAUGGAGAGUUCUGGAUCAGUGCUGAGGACUUCAGCAGCCUGUUUGAUGUCGUGGAGCUCUGCAGUGUGAGUCCUGACACUCUUGUUGAGGGAAACACACCUGCCUCUCCCUCCAGUGCUGCACCCCAGUGGACCAUCAGUGAACAUGAAGGACUGUGGGUACCGGGGAGCUCUGCCGGUGGUAGCCGCAAAUUCAACCAAACAUUUUGGAAGAAUCCUCAGUUUGAGUUGGUUCUUAAAGAGCAGGACCACCCCGAUGAUGAAGAUGAAGACGAUGGUGAGGAUGACGAAGAUGAUGAGGAUGAGGAUGAGGAGGAGAUGGACCCGGAGGAGAAGAAGAUAGCAGAGAAACAGAAGCAGAAAGCCAAACAGUGCACUGUGCUGGUGGAGCUGCUGCAGAAAAACCGCAGGCAGACGGGCAAACUCAACUUUCUCUACAUCGCUUACCACAUCUACAGGGUUCCCCCUGAGCUUCAGGGUGUGUGUCUGAGCCGCAACUUCUUCAUGACAAAUCGUCCUGUGGGACGUUCUGGGAAAUAUCAGGCUCAGAGGGGUGUGUGGAGGAAGCUGCAUCUGGACCCGGGUUACUACACCAUUGUAGUGUCCACUUAUCGACCCAACAAGCCCGGAGAGUUCUUUGUCCGCAUUUUCUCCAAGACUGGAAACACUCUGGGGUCUCAGGACUUUACCUGCUCCUCUGGCUUCUUGCCGGUUAUGGCAGCUCCUGUGCCCCCAGAGGAUCAAAGGAGAGUUCAGAGGACUUUUGAUGAGGGUGCUGGCCCUGAUGACAGGCUGAAUGCCAAUGAGCUCAUGAAGCUGUUCAACUCAGUUCUUGACAAAGAUUACCAUCUGCCCCUGGAGACGUGCAGAGAGCUCAUCUUUGGAGAGGAUACUGGAGGGCGCUCCCGUCUCAGCCGUAAACAAACCGAAACCCUGCUGUCCACGCUGCGCAAUUUGCAGUCCAUCUUCUUCCGGUUCGAUACAGACUCUUCUGGGACAAUGAGCCCCUUUGAGCUCAGCACAGCCCUGGAAGCUGUUGGAAUGCAGUGUGAUGGAAAGGUGGUUCAACUGCUGUCUGAGCGGUUUGCAUCAGGAGAGCUGCACAUGCCCUUCCACGGCUUUGUAUCAUGUUUCACCAGGCUGCGCAAGCUUUUUGCUCUGUAUGAAUCAGAGACCAGUCAAGAGGUGAAAGACAGAGGGAUCAAUGCUUGGCUGAUUCAGUUUCUGAUGCUGUGAAGAUGCUUUCGGAAAAGGAUCUCCACUCAGACCCAGCUGAGUCUCUGUAAUACAUGAACAAAACUCUUCUUCCAUGUGUGCCUUGCUACAGAGCAGCAGCUGCAGCUAUGUCAGGUUAUGCUUUGCUUUGCCAUUGUUUUAUUUUAGCUUCAUCUUGUACCAUUCUACUACUUUACACUAAUACUUGACCUUGAUGUAAUAUUCAAAGUCCUAGAUGGCUUACUGAAAGGACCUACCAGGCACAGGCCCACGGGCCAAAGUGGUCAGGGGGCCCAUGUGCCAGAGCCUCUAUUUGAAGUGACAACAUUUCUUGUUGGAAGGUCAAUCUGACGACUACAAAAAGUACAAAAUAACAAUAACUGACCAGAAUGAGAUGCUAAAUAUUCACAAAGAGACACAAAAUGAGCAGAAAGAGACAAAAACAUCAAGAAAGAAAGACAAACAAAAAUAGCAAAAAAGAGACAAAAGAAAAAAAACGACUUGAUAUGAUUGCAAAGAGACAACACGAUUAAACAAUCUCAUAGUUUGUAGCCAUUUUAUGUCUCUUUCAAUCUGUGGCUCUUGCUUUUAUGUAGGAGAGUGGGGGGGGGGCUUUUACAUGUCUCUAUCCAGGGACCUGUUAUCUCAUAAUCCAUCUAUGUGCAGACUAUGUAGCACCACCAUUCAAUUGUUAGAGCAGUACUGUAUAAUAGUAUUACUUAAUUACAGGUGUGACUUUUAAGAUAUCUUUAUUCCUACUGUCUUUUUAAAGCAUUGCUCUAUUAAAAAGAAAAUUGUUUUGAAAACCUAAAUAA